AUGGGGAAGCAGACGGCGGUCCCGGAUGCGUGGGAGGACGACUGGGAGAGCCAGGCAGACAAGGUCGCCAACGAGGACCAGCAGCAGCCGCAACAGCCAGAACCCCAGGCUCCCCUUAGUAAGGCGGAGCGCCUCGCGCAGCAUGCCGAGGCGAAUCGAAGAAUCUGGGAGUCUGCCGAUUCCCCCCAGACGUUCCACUACGUCGAAGCCAACGCCAGCGUCCCCCUCGCCAACGCCUUUAAGCCCCAGGUGAAGGUGCUCAGCCGGAAACCCAUGAUUGCGAAGCGGGAUCCCGUAACGGGCAAGUUGAUCGACGACGAGGAAGAGGCGAAGAAGGAGGUCCAACUCAGCCCGGAGGAAAUCCGCGCAAAGCAGAAGAGGGACCGCGAGGAGAAGCAGCGUCGCUACGAGGAAGCCCGCGCAAAGAUCUUUGGGGAGUCGAAUCCGUCGUCUGGGGCGUCGUCACCAGGCGCAGUUACCCCACCCCGAUCCGACGGACACUUUGCUCCCCGGGGACGAGGCCGAGGUAGAGGAGGGUACCGCAACAACAACGAGAACCGCCAAUUCGACAACCGUCAAUUCGACAAUCGCCAAUUCGACAACCGUCAGUUUGACGCCCCUCGAAGACCGCUCAACCCCUCAGGGUCCGGCCGUGAGCUAUACGACCCCAACUUUACGCCUAAGCCAGAGUCGUCCACAGCACCACGAAGGGCAAAUGACAAUUCAAAUCCGUCAAAGGCAGACCAGAACCCAAUUCGAGCACCGAGAGGACCAGACGGGAGUGGGCGGGGAGGGUUUGGCUUCGCUCAGCGAGGUGCCAAGGAGAGUUGA